UCUUUGACUGUAUUAAUAUCUUAAAAAUGUAAUUGAUCCCAAUAGAUUUCAGACUCAGCACGAGUGAUUUCUAACGGCUUGUAUAUAUGCAAAUAUUGUUGAUACAGGUUUAGAAGUGGUUAUCUAAAGCAUCAAUUCAGCUAAUUAGAAGCCGUCGUCAUCAGGAGCGGAGGAUUUAUCGAGGACAAUAUGGACAAAAAGAGACUCUUCGCCAUUCUACUGGCAGUUGUGCUUAUAUUGAUCAUUGUGAUUGUGGUAGCUGUGGUAGUAAUCAACAAAGACGAUGAUGAUGAUGAUGACAACAGCAGCAACAGCUGGAAUAAAGCUGACUUUUAUAAGGAAUAUUCAAAAGCUGCUGUGGCCACAGACAGAAAGGAAUGUUCUAAGAUCGGAAAGAAAAUACUCGCUGACAAUGGCACAGUGGUCGAUGCAUCUGUUGCUUCUUUGUUCUGUAUCGGGUUGUUGAAUAUGCAUAGUACCGGUAUUGGUGGAGGAGGUUUCAUGAAUGUUUACAUUAGAUCUACAAAGAAAAGUAUCAUUUAUGAUUUCCGAGAAACAGCCCCUGCUGCGUCAACUCAAGAAAUGUUCAAGCCAAAAAAUGCCUCAUCAGUGAUUGGUGGUCUAUCAAUAGCUAUUCCGGGAAAUAUCAAAGGCUUGCAUCACGUUUGGAAAGCACACGGAAAGUUGGAAUGGAAAAAAUUGAUCGAACCAACAAUUAAAAUUGCAGAAGAAGGUUUUGAAAUCUCUAAAGACCUCGGCGAAAAAAUUGCAAGAGAUAUUUCCAGUAAACUUAACUUAAGUGAAGGUUUUAAGGAACUUCUGCAGAAACCUGAUGGAACUUGGUAUAAGGCAGGCGAAAAAAUUAAAAAUGAGAAACUCGCAAAAACCUUAAAAAUAAUAGCUGACAAACCUGAAGAUUUCUAUACUGGAGAAUUAGCUAAAGAGAUUGUUAAAGACAUUCAAGAAGCUGGAGGUAUAAUAACUUUAGAUGAUCUUAAGAAUUACGCUGUAGCAGAAAGAGAACCACUGACAACUGAUAUAAACGGAAUGAAGUUUUUUAUGAUGCCACCACCUGGUGGUGGUGCAGUUGUGGCGAUGACGUUGAACAUUUUAAAAGGUUUCGAUCUUUCUUCAAAUGAUAUUACCACAAAUGAGAAGCUAAUACAGACAACACAUAAAAUAAUUGAAGCGUUAAAAUUCGCUUUUGCAAGAAGACCGCUGCUGGGAGAUCCUUCAUUUGAACAAAAUGUUACCAGGGUAUUGGAAGCCAUGUUGAAUCAAUCUUUUGCUGAAACACUUCGCCAGAAAAUCAAUAUGUCUGGCGCUUAUCCAGAUCAAACAUACUAUGGGGGCUAUUACUCACAAGACCAAGAUCCGUAUGGUACAACUCAUGUGUCUAUCUUAGGUAAAAAUGGCGAUGCUGUGGCGACAACAGACACAAUCAACUACGGUUUUGGAAGUGGAGUUCGUUCAACAAGAAAUGGAAUCAUCUACAACAACGAAAUGGAUGACUUCUCUACUCCAGGACUAAAAAACUUGUGGGGAUAUCUACCAGCAGAAGCAAAUUACAUCAAACCUGGUAAAAGGCCACUGUCAUCAAUGAGUCCUUCCAUUGUCACUAACGCUGACGGAGAUGUAAUAAUGGUGGCUGGAGCAUCAGGAGGAUCGAGAAUUAUUACAGCCACAGCUUUAACAUUGAUCAGAAAGUUAUUUCUGGGGAUGGAUCUUGAUAAAGCAAUUUCAGAGUAUCGAAUACAUACUCACUUGUUACCCUACGAGGUCUACGUUAAUAAACAGUUUAAAAUCUCUGACGCUCUUAUAGAUGGUUUGAAAAAAUUAAACCACAAAAUUGUAGAAUCAAGUAAUUGGGCGGCUGUUCAAAGCGUGUACAGAAAAAAUAAAGAUGGAAUUGUAGAAGCUGUAUCAGAUCCCAGAAAGGGAGGCAUUCCGGACGGUUAUUAAGUCAUUCAUAUAAUUAAUGUUGUUGUAUAUAUUUAAGCACUGCGUUAUUUUAUAUUAGUUAGCACUCUUAUUAAGAAAUCUUCGUUUUAUAGGUAAGAUAACUGUUUUUGAGAGGAACGUUUAAAGUCAUUCCCGUCAGAACUUUUAAACUGAGAGAUAACGUACAAACACUAUGCAUUUUACCUGGCGAAGCUUGUGCGAGACAAUGUUUUUACGAUUUGCUCAGAUUUAAAGCAUUUUCGAGAAAGUUAAGUUCAUAAAUUUUGUACAAUUCUUUUAGCGAAAGUUUAACCUCUUAGAUUUUGUUAUUUUGAAUUCUAAGGUUAAUCUAGCACGGCCAGUUUAGAAAGAACGCAAAAAAUACACUAUAUUUGUUAGUGAAGUAGAAAAAUUGUUUAAGAAAGUUUGAGGAAUUGAGGGUAUAGAUGGAGAGAUGUAAAGUUUACUGUACCCUCAAUUUAUUUUCUUAUUCAUAUAUUCAAACGAAAAUAACUGCAUUUAUUUACUAUUUUUAAGUAAAUUACACAACAGACAAAGAAAUGUUUUUUGUGUGAUUGAUUUUUUGCGUACAUUUUGUUGAAUAAAUAACCAUCAACCU